UUAAGAAUCAAAGCAUCUAGGCUGGAUGGAAUUUAGCAUCAAUAAAAGUCCCCUUUCUGUUCAGAAAGUUGUAAAGUGCAUGAAGAUGAAGCAGACACCAGAAAUCCUUGGCAAUGGAAAUGGAAAGACUCAGAACUGUGAAGUGAACCACGAAUGUUCUGUAUUCCUCAGCAAAGCUCAGCUUUCCAACAGCCUACAGGAAGGGGUCAUGCAGAAGUUUAAUGGCCACGAUGCACUUCCUUUUAUUCCUGCUGAGAAGUUGAAAGAUCUUACUUCCCGUGUGUUUAAUGGAGAACCUGAUGCUCAUGAUGCCAAAUUGUGUUUUGAGUCCCAGGAAGCAAAAGGAAUUGGGACACCACCCAACACGACCCCUGUCAAAAACGGCUCUCCAGAAAUUAAGCUGAAAAUUACCAAAACAUACAUGAAUGGGAAGCCUCUUUUUGAAUCUUCCAUCUGUGGCGACAGUGCUGCUGAGAUGUCUCAAUUGGAAGAAAACGGACAAAAAAUGGAGAGCAAGGCAAGGAGGAACAGGAAGAGGAGCAUAAAAUAUGACUCCUUACUGGAGCAAGGCCUUGUGGAAGCAGCUCUAGUGUCUAAGAUCUCAAGUCCUGCAGAAAAAAAGAUUUCAGUUAAGAAAGAAUCCUGUCCUAACACUGGCAGAGACAAGGAGCACUUGUUGAAGUACAACGUGGGUGAUUUAGUGUGGUCCAAAGUAUCUGGUUACCCCUGGUGGCCUUGCAUGGUGUCGGCUGACCCACUUCUUCACAACUAUACCAAACUUAAAGGUCAGAAAAAGAGUGCACGCCAGUAUCACGUGCAGUUCUUCGGUGAUGCUCCGGAAAGAGCCUGGAUAUUUGAGAAGAGCCUUGUGGCCUUUGAAGGAGAAGGGCAGUUUGAGAAAUUGUGUCAGGAAAGUGCUAAGCAGGCUCCCACCAAAGCUGAGAAAAUUAAGCUGUUGAAACCUAUUUCAGGGAAAUUGAGGUCCCAGUGGGAAAUGGGCAUUGUCCAGGCAGAAGAAGCUGCAAGCAUGUCAGUAGAAGAACGGAAAGCCAAGUUCACCUUUCUCUACGUGGGGGGUCAGCUGCGCCUCAAUCCUCAAGUAGCUACAGAGGCUGGGGUUGCUGCCGAGCCUUUGGAAGGAGGGGCAGACUCCUCAGGGGCCGUUGAAGAGGCUGCUGUUGAUGCCAAGUCUGUGAGAGAAGAAGGUGUGCCCAUGAAGAGAAGGCGAAGAGGGAAGAGAUCCAGCUCCGCAGAGAACCAAGAGAGUGACCCCGGCACAGAAAAGAGUACUCCUCAAAAGAUGGCGGAGGCCGACCCCAAGAGAGGAGUAGGCUCACCUCCCGGAAGGAAGAAAGCCACGCCCUCUGCCCCACGGAGCAGGAGGGGAGACGCGGCCUCCCAGUUUCUGGUUUUCUGUCAGAAGCACAGGGAUGAGGUAGUGGCAGAGCACCCAGAUGCCGCAGGCGAGGAGAUUGAAGAACUGCUUGGAUCCCAGUGGAACAUGCUGAAUGAAAAGCAGAAAGCACGCUAUAACACCAAGUUUGCCCUAGUGACGUCUGCCCAGGGUGAAGAAGACGCUGGUAACGUCAGUGGGAAAAAAAGAAAUCACACAAAGAGGACAGAGGACCCUCCAGAAGAUGUCGAUGUGGACACACCCAGGAAAAGACUCAGGAUAGACAAACACGGUCUUCGGAAGAGAGAGACGAUCUCCGACAAAACAGCCAGAGCAAGCUCUUACAAGGCCAUGGAGGCAGCCGCCUCCUUGAAGAGCCAGGCAGCAACGAAAAAUCUGUCUGAUGCAUGCAAACCACUGAAGAAGCGACAUCGGGCUCCCGCAGCAACGUCUUCAGCUCUUGGGUUUAACAAAAGUUCAUCUCCUUCUGCAUCCUUAACUGAGAAUGAGGUCUCGGACAGCCCCGGAGACGAGCCCUCGGAAUCUCCAUAUGAAAGCGCAGACGAAACACAGACCGAAGUGUCCACGUCAUCUAAAAAGUCAGAACGAGGAGUAACCGCCAAAAAGGAGUACGUGUGUCAGCUGUGUGAGAAGACGGGCAGCCUGCUGCUGUGCGAGGGCCCGUGCUGCGGCGCCUUCCACCUCUCCUGCCUCGGCCUGCCCCGGAGACCGGAAGGGAGGUUCACCUGCCGCGAGUGUGCCUCAGGGAUUCACUCAUGCUUCGUGUGUAAGGAGAGCAAGACAGAGGUGAAGCGCUGUGUUGUAACUCAGUGUGGGAAGUUUUACCACGAGGCCUGUGUGAAGCAGUACCCCCUCACCGUGUUUGAGAGCCGGGGCUUCCGGUGUCCGCUACACAGCUGCGUGAGCUGCCAUGCCUCCAACCCGUCUAACCCUCGGCCUUCAAAAGGUAGGAUGCGAGGAAGGGGGGCGGGGCUUGCUUACACAGAACUUCGAAGGUACAUGUUUUUAUUUACUAAAAUCUUUACUGACCUUUCAGCGCUGCAAGAAGCUGAAGCGCGUUUCCGGGAAGUCAAACUUCAGCGGGAAGCCCGGGAGACGCAGGAGAACGAGCGCAGGCCUCCCCCGUACAAGCACAUCAAGGUGAAUAAGCCUUAUGGGAAAGCCCAGAUCUACACGGCCGACAUUUCUGAGAUCCCCAAGUGCAACUGUAAGCCCACAGACGAGAAUCCCUGCGGCUCCGACUCCGAGUGUCUGAACAGGAUGCUGAUGUUCGAGUGCCACCCGCAGGUGUGCCCUGCCGGGGAGCACUGCCAGAACCAGUGCUUCACCAAACGCCAGUACCCCGAGACCAAGAUCAUCAAGACGGACGGCAAAGGCUGGGGCCUGGUGGCCAAGAGGGACAUCAGAAAGGGAGAGUUUGUUAACGAGUAUGUCGGUGAGCUUAUUGACGAGGAGGAAUGCAUGGCGAGGAUCAAGUACGCGCAUGAGAAUGACAUCACGCACUUCUACAUGCUCACCAUAGACAAGGAUCGCAUCAUCGAUGCUGGCCCCAAGGGGAACUAUUCUCGAUUCAUGAACCACAGCUGCCAGCCCAACUGUGAGACCCUCAAGUGGACUGUGAAUGGGGACACGCGCGUGGGCCUGUUUGCUGUGUGCGACAUUCCCGCAGGGACAGAGCUGACUUUUAAUUACAAUCUUGACUGUUUGGGCAAUGAAAAGACGGUCUGCCGGUGUGGAGCCUCCAACUGUAGUGGGUUCCUGGGGGACAGACCAAAGACAUCAGCGCCGCUCUCUUCAGAGGAAAAGGGCAAAAAGGCCAAGAAGAAAAGCAGGAGGCGCAGAGCCAAGGGGGAAGGGAAGAGGCGGUCUGAGGACGAGUGCUUCCGCUGUGGCGACGGGGGCCAGCUGGUGCUGUGUGACCGCAAGUCCUGCACCAAGGCCUACCACCUGUCCUGCUUGGGCCUGGGCAAGCGGCCCUUUGGAAAGUGGGAAUGUCCCUGGCACCACUGUGACGUGUGUGGCAAACCCUCUACCUCCUUCUGCCACCUGUGCCCCAACUCCUUCUGUAAGGAGCAUCAUGACGGGACGGCUUUCCGGGCCACCCAGGACGGGCAGUCCUACUGCUGUGAGCAUGACUUGGGGGCAGAGUCGGUGAGAAGUGCCAAGACUGAGAAACCCUUCCCAGAACCUGUGAAGUCCAAGGGGAAGAGGAGGAGGAGGAGGUGUUGGCGGAGGGUCACAGAAGGCAAAUAGCGCCAGGUGGCAGCGUGGUCAGAUCAGGGGCAGCGUGGGCCGGCCAGUCCUGCCUGGAGGGGAGGGGAGUAUGGCACUGGCCGGCCCGACCACCUGGCUCGGCUCAUAGAGCCGUGGCCUACCCAGGCCUCCGAGGGAGAGAGUGCCUCCACCACUGAGCCAUCCCGCAGCCAUGCUGCGUCUGCACUGAUGCCCGCUGAGCCGCGCCCCCGCUCAGCCCC